UUAGAAAAAAUAAAAAAAUUUAAUGUUGAAGUGAGUGGAGAAUUCUAUCUUCAUUAAUGUAACAAAUUCUCGCCGAAGCACAGUAUUCAACGCAACAAUUCAUGAGAGAAGAAAUUCUCUUCUACUAGUUUGAUGACCUCAUCCUCUUCUCUAUCUUCCAGAUAAAAUUCGAGUAAGGAGAUGGCGAUCGUAGAUGCUAUGAUUCAAAUCCUGGCACAACAAGUGUUCACAGCUCUGCAGACCCAAGCUCAUUUUGCACUUGACUUCAAAGGUCAAUUCGAGGUGAUGAAGACUAGACUGGAUCUUACGAAGGCCUUGCUUGCUGACACAGAAAAUCUCAAAAACAAGAAGGAAAUUGUCAAGACAAGCUUGUCUACCUUAAGAGAACUGGUCUAUGAAGCUGACAACAUACUAACAGACUGCAUAAUUAGUGAUGAAUAUCAGAAUGAUGGGUCCUGCUCUAGUUUGACAUUUCAAAAGCCGCUCUUCUGGUACAAUACAGGCAAGAAACUGAAGGAUAUUAAUGCAAAAAUGGACACAAUGGAAAGAUCUUUGGCUGCAUAUUUGCAAGCAAAAGACUUGAGCAACCGUGGAGAUGAUGCUUACCAGGUUGUGAAAUUCACAACACAAGAUUAUGACCCAUCAGAGAUAAUAGGAUUAAAACACGAUUUGCAGAAGUUAAAAGACUGGAUUUUUGGCACAACGAAUGUUCUUCAUCGAGUUGGCAUAGUAGGGAUGGGGGGUUUGGGGAAAACUACCAUAGCCCAGAAAAUUUUUAACGAUGAAGAGGUUGCUACUCGCUAUCAGAAGAUGCUUUGGGUGUCAGUUUCUCAAACUUUCAGCGAGAAUAGGAUCAUGAGGAGCAUGCUGGAACAACUAGAACCAAAUUUCUCUAUAUCUGACGAGAGCCUGAUGAUGCACAAAAUUAACCAAGCUCUUGAAGGUAAGACUUGCCUUAUAUUUAUGGAUGAUGUGUGGAGGAUGAAUCUACCUUGGUGGGAUAAGUUCUGUUCGAGCCUGCAGAAAGUAAUUGGUGGAAGCAGUUGUAUUAUAAUCACCACAAGAAAUGAAGAUGUUGCAACUGAUAUGGGUGUCGAUAAGUCACAAAUCCAUCAGCCAAAAACUCUGAAUAAAGACGACAGCUGGUUGUUGUUCAGUAAAUUUGCGUUUUCAAGGUGCAGAGAGAAACGUUGUCCAGAUCCACAGUUCGAGAAAGAAGGCAGGGAGAUCUUGGAUAAAUGUGGGGGACUACCGCUGGCAAUCAAGACAGUAGCAGCAUUACUGGCACCAAAAGCCAAUUCACUUGUCCAGUGGAAUGAAAUUAAUAAAAAUUUUCAUGAAUUGACAGUGGAAGGAAAAAUAAGUUCAGUAAUGGCGUCUUUGCAACUCAGCUAUGAUGAACUUCCAACACAUCUAAAGCAAUGUCUUCUGUGUUUCUCCAUUUAUCCUGAAGACUCUGAGAUACAUGCUGAACAAUUAAUCCACUGGUGGGUUGGAGAAGGACUCAUCCAAGGCAAAGGCUCAAAGACAGCAAAAGAAAUGGGAUUCGAUUACCUGUCUGAUCUAGUAGCCAGAUGCUUGGUUGAAGCUGUACAUAGGCGAGACUACGAUGGAAGAGUCUACGUUUGCAGGAUGCAUGAUAUGGUGCGAGAAUUAACCAUUAAGAUUGCAGAGGAGGAAUCAUUUGGCAAGUUUGAUGAGCAAAGCAGGCAGAUACCGACUGUAAAUUCUCGCUGGUUAGGCAUCACAAGUGCAAUGGACCCAAAAUCUGUAAGAAGCAGCACAAAGCUCAGGGCAUUAUUACUGAUUCCAAGCAGUAAAGUUGUCCUGGCUAGGCACAUUGGGUCGUUUAGUUCCCUCAGAGUGUUGGAUUUCUCCCUCAUCAGUAAGCAGGAUGAUAUUCCUGUAAAGGAUUUCUUGGCUUGGAUUUGCUCUCUUAAACGCCUGGCGUAUCUGAAUCUUAGUGGUUUCCUGAGCAUUAAAGAACUACCAUCUUCAAUGAGAAAGCUGCGGAACCUGCAGAUUUUGAUUUUAUGUGGAUGCAGUAAUCUAGUCACAUUAAAUCCAUAUAUCACUACAUUGAAGAAGCUGGUGGUGUUGGAUUUAGGAUCUUGUGGUCUGGAAUAUCUACCCAAGCGACUUGGCAGUCUCUUAUAUCUACAAGAACUUUCAGGAUUCAGGGUAAGCAAUCAGGCAAAUAGGCAAAGCUUUCGAUUUCACGAGCUUCGGGGACUUAGCCACCUGAGGGUCCUGCGAAUGAGCAUAGGCAAUGACACUGCAAUUUCACAAGAAGAUAGAGAUGUCUUAUCGCAGCUCAGCAAACUCAAGGUUCUGGCCAUUGAUGCUGAAGAUUGUGAAGGACAAAAUAUUUUAGAAAUGCUUAAUGCUCUUUCACCUCCACCAAGUCUCCAGGAAUUCUAUCUCAGGCGUUAUCGGCAUAAAACUCUUCCUGCAUGGAUCAAUCCUGAGAAGCUUUCUAGUUUGCAGUAUCUCUGUAUUGAGAAUGGAGACCUGGAGCACAUAGAAACCAGUCCACGAUGGGUUGCUGAAAUUCAGUAUACUUGGAACAUUGAGGGUCUAUGUUUCAAGGUGUUGCCAAACUUAAAUAUAAACUGGAAGAACUUGGAGAAGGACAUGCCUUUAUUACGUUACGCAGAGGUGAGUGGUUGCUUCAAUUUGCAACAUUUUCCAUGUCCUGAUGAGAAGUUGGCAGUCUGGAGGAAGAAUGAAGAUUGAAGAGUGAACCAAAGCUAGUGCAGAUUACUUGUGUGUUCUUUACACUUGUUGCAUGAGAGCUGUAUGAAUUUGCUUGAGACGUGUUCGUGUGUUUUUCUUUUUUCCUGUAAUGUAAUGCUUGAAAUGUGUUUCAAUUAAUUGAUAAAUUGCUGGUUCUUCUGUAA